UCAUUGUUUAGAGUGAAAGCCGGCUUGCACUUGGUAGAAUACGCUUUCGUUGUGUUUUAUACUUUUCUUCCUUCUGGCGCAUAAUUGGCCGCGGGUUUCGUCUCCUGCUCAGUGACUCGCGAGAGCUUGACCCGUGAACAGGGUGGCCCCAAACCCGUAGGACGCUCACACCACAUGAGUUCACCGCGAUCGAGAGCGACAGUGAAAGUUAUGCGGAUUUGAUAAGAGUUCGCGAAGAAGCACGUGUGCCAUAAUAAGCUGAACCUCGGUGAACCGUAAACAUGCGGCUGGACGAUCAAAAAAACGGCUCCCCAGUCUCAAACCGCGUCGACAUCCACCACAUCCAGCUAGAGGAGGGAACCACCAUCAACGGGGAUGCCAAAUCCCGCGUCUACACCUACAACGAGGCCCUGGAGCUGGUGGGCCUGGGCCGGUUCCACACGCUCCUGCUCUUCAUCUGCGGCUUCUGUCUGAUGAGCGUCAUCAACGAAACGCUCAACAUGGGCUUUAUCAUCUCGGCGGCCGAGUGCGACCUCGGGCUGAGCUUCUCCGACAAGGGCAUUCUGAACGGGGCGGCCUUUUGCGGCGUGGUGCUCAGCUCGCACCUGUGGGGCUUCCUGUCGGACACGUGGGGCCGGAGGAAGGUUCUGGUGCUGGCCACCAGCUGCAGUUUGGCGUUUUCGGUGCUGUCUACGUUUUCGAUGAAUGUUUGGAUGCUGAUCGUGACGCGGUUUUGCGUUGGGUUUUUCAUUUCUGGUAACGCUGCCACCUCCUACGCGUACCUCGCCGAGUUCCACACGGACAAGAGCCGCGCAAGUCACGUUUCCUGGGCGGCCAUGUUCAUGGCCUUUGGCAUGAUCUACCUACCGCUGCUAGCUUGGUGCAUCAUCCCGCUUGACGCACAACUCGACCUAAAAUUGUUGGGAGCACGCUACGGUCUUUGGAGGCUGUAUCUCCUGUUGACGUCCAUGAACGCCGUCCUAAUCCUCUGCGGAAUCACGUUCCUCCCGGAAAGUCCCAAGUUCCUGCUGAUUGGCAAGCAGCAGGACCAGGUCCUGGAAAUCCUAGCGCGAAUGUACCGCUGGAACCAGCGAAAACCGGAACGGACAUUCCCGGUGAAAUCGAUCGCGCUGGAUGCGAUCGACAGUGCGUUCGCGGAGGAGAUGCAGCGCAAGUCCAGCGCCGGCCUGCGCUACGUCUGGGACCAAACGGUGCCGCUGUUCCGGCGGCCCCUGGUUGGCAACACUGCCCGGGCCUCCUUCCUGAUGUUUGGCCUGUUUGCGGCCUCGUCCGGGCUGUUUAUGUGGAUGCCGGACAUCCUGAACGUGUACAUCAACUACAAGGACGAGUCGAUCACGAUCUGUCAGGUGGUCGACAUAAUCCACCGGAACCGGACCGCGCCGGAUGUGCUUACGGAGGUGGAAAACUGUUCCGUCAACAUUGACGGGACCAUCUUCAUGAUCACCACGGUCAUGGGAGUCCUGUUUCUCCUGUGCUACAUCCUGAACGGUGCCAUAAUCAACCGGGUCGGCAAGAAGCUGCUGCUCAACAUUUGGUACGUGGCGUGCGGUCUGGCCGGAAUCGGCGCGCUGUGGACUUCCGAUUUCUACCUGACGCUGCUGGUGAUUGUGGUUUUCCUCGCCGUUGGCUGCCUCGGAUCGGUGCUCAGUGCCAUAUCGGUUGAUCUAUUUCCAACUAAUUACCGGGCAAUGGCGCUCUGCCUGAUCCUGAUGACGGGCCGGCUCGGGGCCAUGGUCGGCAGCAACGUGGUCGCGUUCCUGCUCACCUACAACUGUGAUCUCAUCUUCGUUCUGCUCGGCGGCCUGCUGCUGGUUUGCGCCGUUAUUGGGACGACCCUGCCGGGAAAGUGACGGACUCAACUUGCCGAUUUUACCCAUUUUUUAGACCGGAGUAGACGAACCAAUAAAAAUGCAUACAUAAUUAGCACA